GAGACCAGACGCACUGAGGGACCCUGAGAGAUUUGGGGUGCUGGAAGUAGGCAGAAGUGAGCUGUGGCAGGUUGCAUAUGUACACCCAAGGCUCUAGGGGGAGACGGGACCAGGGCAGGGAAGACUCUGAGAAGAUGCAAAGUCACUUGGGAGUGGGUAAAAAUGUUAUGUGUCAUGCCCAGCCCUCUCUUCGUCUUCCGAGGGAGGAGCUGGCAGAGCUGUUCUUCCAGCUCGGAAGCAAGGAUGCAGUUAGUAGGAAGCCAGAGUCUUGAGGGUCUCUCUUCCAUAUCACCUGGCCAGCAGGGCCCUGGCUUCUUCCCACUGUCUCCUUCCUCUGUUUUCUGUGUGUGUCGGAGACAUGGUUAUCCCCCUCAGAGCCCCAUUCCCUUCCAUUCUUCUCCCAGGAGCUCCUUGGAGAUGCCUCUGCUGCUGCUGCUGCUGCUGCUGCUCCUCCUCCUCCUGCCCCUGCUGGCUGUGCUCUGGCAGCAGAGGUCUCGGGGUGCCAGGCCAUGCUGGCUGAUCAGUCUCCAGCACCGGGUGGCCUGGUGGGUGCUGAGCUGGGCAGCCUCCUGGCAGCAGAAGAAACUAGAACGGAGCACACUAAAUGUGGGCCACAGCCAGCAGCAGGCCCUCAUGUGGUGUCUGAAGAAAGCCCAGGGUUCCUGCUGUCUCCCCAGGGAGAACACAGACAUGAGCACCUUCCGGAAUCACCUUCCACUGACCAAAACCAGCCACACCCAGGAGAAAGAAAGUGAAGAGAAGCUCCCGCCCCCUACCUUCCCCCAAUACCAUGGAGAUGCUUCUUUGCAGGCCACCCUGCUGGGUCUAAUAACCUUAAACAAGGCCUAUCCAGAAGUGCUGGCUCCAGGAAGUUCUGCCUGUGUGACCCCUACCUCCCCGUGGCCCUACCCUGUCCCCUGGCUUGGGCAUGCCCUGGGCAGGGUAAGCCCUGUUGGAGCCAAGGACACCCGGACCCUGCUGCUGGAGGCGUUGAUAUCCCCGGGGUUGAGGGUACUUGAGGCAAGGACUGCAGUGGAGCUCCUGGAUGUCUUUGUGGGCUUGGAGACUGAUGCUGAAGAACUGGUUGAGGCCAUAGCAACUGGGAGCCUAGGAAUGCUUCUCCCCAAAAGAGCAGCUGAGCUGCGGGACGCCCUAGAGCAGGGACCCCAAGGAUUGGCCCUCCGGCUCUGGCCAAAGCUGCAGGUGGUGGUGACUCUGGACUCAGGAGGACAGGCAGAAGCUGUGGCUGCCCUUAGGGUCCUGUGGUGCCAAGGGCUAGCCUUCUUCUCUCCUGCUUAUGCUGCCUCAGGAGGAGUGAUGGCCCUGAACCUGUGGCCAGAGCAACCCCAAGGAUCCUAUCUUCUGCCUCCUGGGGUCCCCUUUAUUGAGCUGCUUCCAAUCAAGGAAGGAACCCGAGAGGAGGCAGCCUCCACGCUCCUUCUUACUGAUGUCCAAAGGGAGGAAGAAUAUGAGUUAGUGCUGACUGACCAUGCCAGCCUGACCAGGUGCCGCCUGGGUGACGUGGUACAGGUGGUUGGUACCUACAAUAAGUGUCCUGUGGUCAGGUUCACCUGCAGGCUGGGACAGACCCUGAGUGUUCGAGGAGAAGUUACUGAUGAGAAUGUAUUCUCUGUGGCCCUGGCCCAAGUAGUAGGGCAGUGGCCAGGGGCCAAACUGUUGGACCAUGUCUGUGUGGAAAGCAGCAUUCUGGAUUCCUAUGAUGGUUCUGCCCCACACUAUGAAGUGUUUGUGGAGCUGAGGGGGUUGAGAAAUCUGUCGGAGGAAAAUCGAUACAAGCUUGAUCACUGCCUUCAGGAAGCCUCCCCUCAGUACAAGUCCUUGCGGUUCCGGGGCAGUGUGGGUCCUGCCAAAGUCCAUCUGGUGAGGCCAGGGAGCUUCAGAGUACUUCGGGAAGCACUAGCAGCCUGCUCCUCCUCUUCCUCCUGUCCUCAUGAAAUGCCUCGGGUCCUCAGGCUCAGGCACCUGGCUCAGCUCCUGCUGAAGAGGGUGAUAUCCUAACCAAGGCAGCCAGCCUUCCUGUUUAUGCCUCACUCUUUCUUCUGGGACAUCUCUGGAAGUUGAGUCCUGGACCAGACGUCACAUAAUAAUUGGUCCAUCAGAGCCCUUGGAGACCUUAGACUCACUGGCAAGUUUUAAGAUGCAGGCUUUGAGCAUACAGCUGAACCCAUCGACGGUCCCCUGUCAGCCUAUCCUACAUGAGACUGCUGGUGGCUUUCUAUGUUGCAGCCCUUCUCAUGUGCUUGGCUGAGGUACAGCAAGGGAUGAAAGUGUAGGCAAUGCUCCUGGAGCAGAUGAAGAAACCUUGGCCUAAUUGUCUCCAGGUCUAGGGUGUAUCUUGCACAACCUCCUGAAAGGCUGAGGCUGUGACCCAUAGUUACCCGAUGUUCAAUACUCUUCCUACCAGCUCUCCCCCAUCCCUCCAUCCUUCUCUCCCCCCAUCUCUCCAUCCUUCUCCCCCUUCCCCACUCUUAUCAUUCUGUCCCCUGGAUCAACUC